AUGCCAGGUGGUGCUGUUUCCCCUAUCGGGGGCGUCGAUGCUGCUCGCAUCGAGGCCCCUGUCACCUUCAAGACUUACUUGAUGUGUGCUUUUGCUGCCUUUGGUGGUAUCUUCUUCGGAUAUGACUCCGGAUACAUUGGUGGUGUUCUCGACAUGGACUACUUCAUCUCCACCUUCGAGGGCUUGGACCAAGCCAGUACUGACCCCGCCAACUUUGUGAUUCCUGCCUCAAGGAAGUCUCUCAUCGUCUCUAUCCUCUCUGCUGGUACCUUCUUCGGUGCUAUCCUGGCUGGUGAUCUUGCCGACUGGUUUGGCCGUCGCAUCACUAUCAUCGCUGGUUGUAUUGUCUUCCUCAUCGGUGUCGCUCUGCAGACUGCCUCUAGCAGCAUCGGUCUGCUCGUCGCUGGUCGUUUGGUUGCUGGUUUCGGUGUUGGUUUUGUGUCUGCAGUUAUCAUUCUUUACAUGUCUGAGAUUGCUCCUCGCAAGGUCCGCGGUGCCAUUGUUUCCUCUUACCAGUUCUGCAUUACCAUUGGUCUGAUGUUGGCUACUUGCGUCGACUAUGCCACUGAGAACCGCGCUGACUCUGGCUCUUACCGCAUCCCCAUUGCUAUCCAGAUGGUCUGGGCUCUUAUUCUUGGUACCGGCCUUCUCUUCCUGCCCGAGUCUCCCCGUUACUUCAUUCGCAAGGGUGAACAGGAGAAGGCCCGUGAUGCUCUUGCCCGUGUUCGCGGACAGGCCCCUGACUCUGAGUACAUCAACAUUGAGCUCAAUGAGAUCCAGGCCAACCACCUCUACGAGCUCCAGGCUACCCCCCAGGGUGGAUACUUCGCUAGCUGGGCUGCUUGCUUCAGUGGCUCCCUCUGGGAGCCCAACAGCAACCUCCGCCGCACUAUCCUUGGUACCUCUUUGCAGAUGAUGCAGCAGUGGACCGGUGUCAACUUCGUCUUCUACUUCGGAACCACCUUCUUCUCCCAGCUUGGCACGAUCCAGAACCCCUUCCUCCUGUCCAUCAUCACCACCAUCGUCAACGUCUGCUCCACUCCUCUCUCUUUCUACGCCAUUGAGAAGUUCGGACGUCGCCCUCUCCUCCUCUACGGUUCCCUUGGCAUGAUCGUCUGCCAAUUCAUCGUUGCCAUCCUCGGUGUCACCGACUACGACAACCAGCAGGCUGUCGCUGCCAUGAUCGCCUUUAUCUGUAUCUACAUCUUCUUCUUUGCCAGCACCUGGGGCCCUGGUGCCUGGGUCGUUAUCGGCGAAAUCUUCCCUCUGCCCAUCCGUUCCCGCGGUGUUGCCCUCUCCACCGCCUCCAACUGGCUCUGGAACUGCAUUAUCGCUGUCAUCACCCCCUACAUGGUCUACAGUGAUGAGGGUAACCUUGGUCCCAAGGUCUUCUUCAUUUGGGGCUCCCUCUGCACCUGUGCUUUCGUGUACACCUACUUCCUCAUUCCCGAGACCAAGGGAUUGACUCUGGAGCAGGUCGACAAGAUGAUGGAGGAGACUACUCCUCGCACUUCCGCCAAGUGGAAGCCCCACUCCACCUUCGCUGGUGAGAUGGGUCUUACCAUGGACAAGGCUGCCAUUGCCCCUGUUGUCAGCCACCAGGAGGUCUAA